AUGAACUCGAGUCACGAAGAGUUAACGAGCGGGAAGCUCUUCGAUGUGACCGACCUAGUGGUGGUGAUCACCGGCGGAGGCACGGGGAUCGGGCAGAUGAUGGCCCGAGCAAUGAUGGCCAACGGGGCCCGGAAGGUGUACAUCGUCGGCCGACGCUUGGAUGUCCUUCAAACCACCGCCAACGAAUUCUCCUCCUCCUCCUCUGGGAAAGGCACCAUCGUCCCUAUCCAGGCCGAUCUGUCCAAGAAAUCCGAGGUCGAUGGGCUCAGAAAGAAACUCGAGGCCGAGGAGAAAUUUAUCGACCUUCUCAUCAACAAUUCGGCGAUAGGAGGACCCGAGUUCGACGGGAAUGUUCAGACGGUCGAAGAGAUCUCGAGCUCGAUGUGGUCAGCGGACGAAGGGGCAGCCCGAGCGUUACUGGAGACCAACAUCCUCGGCUACUUCUACACCUCCGCCGGGCUCUUGAACUUGCUCGGGAAAUCCGCAAACCACCCCCAGAUCAUCAACAUCUCGAGCAAUGCUUCCUUCGGCAGACAGGCCAUGGUCGGCAUCCUCUACUCCUGCUCCAAGGCCGCUAUCACUCAUCUUACUAAGAUCUUGGCCACCCAUCUCGCUCACACUCAUGUCCGUGUUAACGCAAUCGCUCCGGGCCUCUUCCCUUCUGAGUUGACCGCCGGCGACUCGGAUUCCAAAAACAGAUCCGAGUUGAAAGAUACGAUGGGCUUGAAGAUCCCUGAAGGAAGAGCUGGGAUUGACAAAGAAAUUGCUUGCACGGUCUUAUACUUAGCCAGUAAAAAUCAACAGUAUACGUCCGGCUUCUGUCAUCCUUGCUGA